AUGAGGGGUCCACAUGGUGAGCAUGAAGUCUUUGUUAUGUCACCCUUGGGGAUGAGUCUUUGUACUCUACAGGAAUUGCAGAAAGAUAGAGUCUUCCAGCAAACUCUUGUCACAUCUGCUCUCGACCAGACAUUGCUUGGGCUCAAUUAUCUUCACGAUGCUGAUGUGAUUCAUACGGACAUUCACUCAGACAAUCUUCUUGUUGCAUUAACCGACGAUUCGAUCCUCUCUACUGUGGAGGAAAAUGAGCUUCACCGGCCCUCAGCACGAAAGUUUGUCGACGAUACGAUCAUUCACGUCUCGCAGUAUAUGCUGGGAGGUGCUGGGGCUCUCACAAUCUGCGAUCUCGGACAGGCACGCAUCGGCAAGGUGCACCGGGGCAACGCAAUGCCGCUACCAUAUCGUGCUCCUGAAGUCAUUCUCGGCAUGACUUGGGGUAAUUCGGUGGAUGUUUGGAGCGUGGGCCUUUUAGCCUGGAACCUUUUGCACAAGCACGGGAUCUUCCGUGAGUACGACAAAUCUGAAGAGCUUAAUGAUGCUUAUCAUUUGGCGGCGAUAACUGCGCUACUUGGACCACCGCUGGAUGUUUUCCUCAGGAAGGGCGACAAGACGCGCAAGUACUGGGAUGCUGAGGGGAAAUGGCAUGGCCCAGUUCCUCUCCCGUCUAAGGGCGGGCUGCAAUCUCUGGAAACGAACUUGUCUGGGGAGGAUAGAGAUCGAUUUAUAGAAUUUAUGGGCGGCCUACUUACCUGGCUUCCAGAGGAUCGGCUUAGUAGUGCCGAGGAUACUUUCACCCCUGGCUAA